AAAUUGGAAGCUAGAUUUUGUAAGUUGGAACCAUGAACUGCACGAACAACGUCCAUACAUAAAACGCUCCUAAAUUUUUCAAUUUGUUGAUAAAUUAGUAAAUUAUAAAUAUAUCCCUCGUUGUUAUUGACAGAAAAGCAAAAUCAUUGUAAAAAAAACAAAUCAGGAAAGGUUGAUAGAGAGAGAUGAGGAAAGGAGGGGAAAUGAGAGAGGAAGAUAAUGAAGGAGUAGUCAUGGCGAAUGACUUUUUCUGGUCAUAUACAGAUGAGCCUCAUGCUUCGAGGAGACGUCAGAUCCUCUCUCAAUACCCUCAAAUUAAAGAGCUCUUUGGCCCUGAUCCUUUUGCUUUCUUUAAGAUUGCUGUGGUGGUUUCACUUCAGCUAUGUACCGCAAUUAUUCUCCAUGAUGCUGGCUGGCUAAAAAUGUUGGCAAUUGCCUAUUUCUUCGGUUCUUUCCUCAACCACAACCUCUUCUUGGCCAUCCAUGAGCUCAGCCACAAUCUUGCCUUCUCCACCCCCGUCUACAACCGUUGGCUCGGGAUAUUUGCUAACCUCCCCAUUGGUGUGCCGAUGUCUAUUACUUUCCAAAAGUAUCAUCUUGAGCAUCAUCGUUUUCAAGGGGUAGAUGGCAUCGACAUGGAUGUCCCAAGCUGCACCGAAGCCCAUUUCGUGACUAAUACUAUCUCGAAAGCCAUAUGGGUCAUCUUCCAACUCUUCUUCUACGCGCUCCGCCCUCUGUUUCUCAAACCAAAACCCCCUGGUUAUUGGGAGUUCAUCAACUUAGCUAUUCAGGUCGCUCUGGAUGGGAUCUUACUUUACUUUUGGGGUUGGAAAUCUUUUGCUUAUUUGAUCCUUUCAACGUUCGUUGGUGGUGGAAUGCAUCCGAUGGCCGGUCAUUUCAUCUCCGAGCAUUAUGUAUUCAAUCCUGAGCAAGAGACGUAUUCUUACUAUGGUCCGCUCAAUCUUAUGACAUGGUGUGUUGGGUAUCAUAAUGAACACCAUGAUUUCCCAAGGAUCCCUGGGAACAAACUGCACAAGGUGAAGGAGAUUGCUUCCGAAUAUUACGAAGGCUUGGAUUCGUAUAAAUCAUGGAGCCAGGUUAUUUACAUGUAUAUAAUGGAUCGGAGCAUCGGCCCUUUUAGCCGAAUGAAGAGGAAGCUCUCGAAAAAAUCCGCAUAGGCAUUUCCCAUUUUGGUAUCUCUUUUGUUGUUCACCCUUCUUGGUUAAAUUAUGGAGUAUUCUUUGUAAAAUUCUUGAGCAAUCAAAUUUCUUUUAUGUAGAUUUAGAAUUUAGACGAUAAACUUGAUUAAUCAUUCAAGCUAAUAAUAGCAUUGAUGCUAUAUGGGUCGAAGGGCUCCCCUUCCUCGGUUCUGCUUUCAUUUCUUCAUAUCUCUUCUUGCAAAUAAUAUCAGACUCGCUGCUUCUCUCCUUUGGUAGCGGGUUGAAGUUUUUCAAUCUACUUUUAUAGAAUU